AUGCCAAAAAUUGAAGAGAUAAAAAUUAUGAUUCAAAACAAACAAACUCUUGAUAUUCUAGGACUUUGUGAAACCUUUUUGAAUGAAAAUGUUAAUGAUUCUGAAUUGAAUAUUGAUGGCUUUGAAAUAGAAAGGAAGGAUCGCACUUUGAGGGCAGGUGGUGGAAUUGUAGUAUACAUUUCUAAAAAUAUAAGAUACAAUCGUAGAACUGAUUUUGAAAUUGGUAAUAUUGAAACAAUUUGGCUAGAAUUAAAUAUAAAGAAUUCUAAACCAAUUUAUUAUUGUUCAGCGUAUCGUCCACCAUCUGCUCCCUCCUGCUGGGCAGAGGACCUGGCUAGAGAGAUUAACUGUGCCUCCUGCUGUGACAAUGCUGAAAUCAUCUUAACAGGUGAUUUUAAUAUAGAUUUAUUCAAAGAACCCCCACAAAGUUGGACAUAUGCUCUAGAAGAGUUUGGUUUUUCACAAUUAAUUACAGCACCAACUAGAGUAACUAAUACCUCAAGCACCCUAAUAGAUCACUUUUACACCAAUAAACCAGAUAACAUGUGUGAAGUAAAUGUACCUUUUAUAGCCAUCUCUGACCACUACCCAAUAUGUGCUACUAGGAAAACAAAAUGCAUGCCACAAAAAGGAAAACACAUAGAAAUCCAGUAUAGAGACUUUAAAAAAUUUGAUGAAAAUAAAUUCCUCCAAGACUUAAAAGAUGUAGACUUUAACAAUCUCCUCCAGAUGCAUGACCCUAAUGAAAUACUAACUGAAUUCUAUGAAUUAUUUAAUAGCGUACUAGACCAGCAUGCACAGGUUAAAAUUAAACGAGUAAAAAGUGAAAUCCGUCCUAAAUGGAUGACACAAGAAAUAAACAAUGCUAGACAUUUACGGGACUCUUACCACAAAGAAGGAGAUAUGGAGAACUAUAGACUUUAUCGAAACAAAGUUAGUCUUCUUAUAGACAAGUCAAAAUCUUCUUACUAUAAAACAGCGAUUGAACAGAGUUCAAAUCCCAAAGAAAUGUGGAACUAUCUUAAUCAAUUAACAUGUAAUCAUAAGAAUACAACUCCAUCUCAUGUGUCUUCUAAUGGGGAAAUUGUUGAUAAUUUACAGGAUAUUGCAAAUACUUUUAAUAACCACUUUACAGAUGUCUCUAACAAGCUUCUUUUGGAAAUACCAAAACAUGAUUAUGAUCCCAAUAUAUUAUGUAAUUUUGUUAAGUCUAAACUUGAUGAGGAAACCUUCUUUAGUAUUCAUCAAAUUGAGGAAAGCGAAGUUUUUAACAUGUUAAAUUCUCUAAAUGUCAAUAAAUCAGCUGGCAUUGACUUUAUUGGGCCGCGUCUUUUGAAAGUCGCAUCUAAAUAUAUAUGUAAACCUAUAACUCAUCUUAUCAAUGCUAGCAUAAGGGCCCUGGGGAAGAAUAGUGCAUGCACUAACCAGGUUACCUUCUUUAAAUAA